AUGUUAUGAUGAUUCAUGAAACUAUACUUCCUUGGAGAAUCAAAAAGGGAUUCAUGCAAAUCCCAAUGUCAAUUAAUGAACCAAAAAUCAGACCAAGUUCAUCUGUUUCUCCUUUCCUUCAUAUCCAAGUCACCUUUUCUCUCAAGAUUUCUCUCCUUUCUCUUCACUCUAUAUAUACUCUUCAUUCCCUUUCCUACUGCUCCACCACUCUCUCUUCUUUCACCCACAAAAAGGGUUUUUUCUUUUCUUCAUCACAUUCUACACCCAAAAUUUUCAAUCUUUUUAAAUUUGUUCUCUUUCUUUUAAUAUAUUGAAAUACCAAAAAACCUUGGUUGUGGUAAUGGCUGAGUUCAAGAGUAAGCUAAACAAAGGUCACGCCUUUACAAGCAAAUGUGCUUCCUUGGUGAAGGAGCAACGAGCUCGUCUCUACAUUCUUCGUCGUUGCGCUACCAUGCUUUGUUGCUGGUACAUCCAAGGCGAUGAGUAAAGAGAUGACUCUCCUCCUUAAUUAUAUAUAAAUCUAUAUAUAAAAUAUAUAUUAUCACUAUGUCCCUAAUAUCUAGUUCUUGAAGCUCCAUGGACAUUGAAGCUCUCUCCUUUGGCUGCUUGGCUAUAUAGAAUAUUUCUCUCUUCUGAUAUAUUCUGGUGCAAAACCCUUUUACAAGCCUGUCGGUUUUUUAACCUAAAUGAUCAUUCUUUUAGGUUUUUUUUUGGGCUUGUUUCAUGGGUUAAUUUGCAUCAGACAAGACAGAGAGAGACAGAGCAAGAAAUUUAUCCGCCAAGCGAGCCGGAGUUUUUACUGUGUCUGAGACAGAGACACUGGAGAUGCUAAUUCUUUAAGAAAGUGAAGAUCUUUGAAGGGUUCCUUUGAUCGGUUUCACUUUGGACCGGAGAAGACUGUUUUGGUUUCAUCAGUGACAUUUCCUCUGUAAAAUUUCAGUUUUGUGUCUUCCUUUUAUUGCAUUAUAUUUUAAUAAGACCAAAUAAAUAAGUCUAUGGUUAUGUUGAACCAUAUAGACUAAAACAUGUCUCUUUUGAUUCUCGUAUUCUAAUAAUACAACAACAGUUUUCACUUUUCACCA